UCAGCCGGAACUGACGUAGGUCGAUUAAUUGGAAAAGAUGGCACUUCAUCACAGACGAGGCGGCCGUGGUCACAACAAUUUUCACCGCGGUGGAGGAUAUCAUGGCCAUCAACAUGGUGGCAGAUCGACUCGAUGGAGUGACAAAGAAGAUAGGGGCAGUCGAUGGGCUGAUAGAGAUGACAGGAGUAGUCUGGAGGCAGCCGCUGAUGCAGCGGCUAAAGUUAAUGCUAUGUUGAUAGCUAAAGGUGCUCUCAAGCCUUCACAGUUGUCUCAGCAACAACCAAACAAACAAAAGGCAACAAGUACAACAACAGGCAACAUGGCAGUAGCAGAGGUAGAAAUUAAUGAUGUACCUAUUGGCUGUAGAAACAUGUUGACAAGAGGAUCAACACAAGAAGAGAUAUCGAAAGUCAGUGGUGCAGGAGUUUCUACCAGAGGUAGAUAUCUUAGUCCACAGGAGAGAGGAGCUGGAGACAGACCCCUGUAUUUGUGUGUACAAGGUCCAACAAAAGAAUCGGUAGACAUUGCUGUUCACAGAAUCAAUGAAAUAAUCACAAACUAUAAGAACAAAGGGACCAGAUUUUCUCCUGCUAACACUCCUCAGCAGAGAGCCCAAUUAUUAGGGCCUAAUCCUGUAGAACUUAUGCCAAGGCUUGGUCCCCCUCCAGGGUUUAUUACACAGCCUCCAGUUUUACCUCAACAACAGACUAUUACAAUACUUCAAGAAAAACUCUUCAUUGGUUUAGAACAUGCUCCACCUCAUUUUGGAGUGAAAGAAAAGAUACAUGGACCUGAGGGAUCAUAUCUACAGCAUGUAGAAGUAGAGACUGGUGCAAAAGUAACAUUGAGAGGAAAAGGAUCAGGAUUUCUAGAUAUGAAUUCUCCUGGCAGAGAUUCCAUUGAACCCAUGCAUGUUUUCUUAGAGCACCCUAGCCCCAUUGGACUUGGACAAGCUAAACAACUUGCAGAAAACCUUAUACAAACAGUUCAGCAAGAUUAUGCCCAAUUUCAGCAAGCAUUGGCAGCUAUACCAGCUGGACACACAACAAUUAUAACUGGUCUGUCACAGCAGACAGCAAGCAUACCUGGUACACUGAUCAACACAAUACCAACUAUGGCUCCUCCUCCAAUCCCACAGCAGUUACCUAGCCCAGGUAGUGUGUUUAUGAGUGAAAGAAGAAUUGGAACAACCAGAUUUAUGAUACCAACAUCAAUUUCUUCAGCUGUUUACUCUCUACCAACAUCAAUGGGUAUGACACUUCCAUCAGUCCUAACAGCACAGCCUCCUCCACUAUUAGUACAGACACAGAAUGGUCCGCCACCACAGAUGCUGGGACCUCCACAUAUGGCACCAGAUGUCACCCAGCUGGUUACUACCAUGCCACCAGAAGUACAAGUUGUUACUACACUAAUACCAACUGGCUCCCCGUGGAAUACUUCACCUAACAUGCCAAGUAGUUUAGCAGGACAGAUGCUGGGAAGUGGUGGACCUCCACCAAUAUCUACACACACUCCAUUGUCGUCUGCUCCAGUUGUUACAACUACAUACACUUAUCACACAUCAUCCAGGGAGGAACCAAAACGCAGGUUCACUGAGGAAAAGUUGGAGGAAAAAGUGCCAGAAAAUCUCUUAGGUUAUGAGCACGGCCCUCCACAUUUAGCCAACUUGGUUGUACAGGGUCCUCCACCUCAAGAGACUCAGGUUUCUCAACAUCCACCAUACCAACCACAAGUUUCUGAAAUGUACAGUGUAACACAAUCUACACCACAGCUGGUGUACACAACAUCAGCACCAUUAUCAUCACCUGAUGACAGGAGUUCACAGUUCACUAACUUUACAAUGACCCAGCCAGGAGGGUAUCCUGGGGAUAAUGCUGACAAACAGCUGAUGCCACCACCACCCAUACCAGCUUCAUUGAAAAGAGCCUCACUUGAAAGACAAGGUGGAAGUGAUAGAAAGAAGGACAGAAUGUCUCCAACUGGAUUUAGAGAUGAGGAAGAUAAACAAGCAGGAAGAGGGAAGUACCAGUACAACCAGUAUUCCAAUGCACCACAGUUAUAUACACAGGGAGAAUCUGACGGCUUUACAGACCAGAGACCAGACAAUGACCCAGGCUUCCAGUAUCAACCCCCACAACAAAUGACAGAACAGUUCCAGUAUCAACCUAGCCAACCACCAGGAUCUGUCAUGUUACAGCCUCCCCCUUCUCCAGGACCUCCAAUGGUCCAUGUAUCUUCUCUCCCAUCACAUUACUACCAACAGCAGCCGAUGUACUCUGUCUCACCUUCACAGAGUCCACCACACCCGGUAUACACUCAGCAUGAUGUUUUGACUUCUACUGGACAACCGUUUGCUGUACCACACACAAUCACAAUUUCAGGUCCAUUGCCUCCUCAAGCCCAAGAACAAAUGUUGCAGCCACCCCAUGAAACAAGACUACAACCCGAAGAACUGCCACCACAGAUGGAACAGUUACAACAGCCACCACCAAGUUAUACAAAUAUGCCACCACCAAUAUCAAGUGGUCAGUACAUGACUACACAAUCUAUGCCACUUAUGGCACCACCAACACAGCCACCCGUGUCAUAUGCUCCACAACAGGUACAGCCACCUAUACCUAUGUCUGCACCUCAACAACACAGCUAUCCGCCUCCUCCUGGGAUGCCUUAUUAUAUCAACAGCUGAGGAAAUAGACCCAAUGCUGUUUUAUUUUUUUAAAAGCUGAAAUAUCCAAGUGAAAAUCUUAAGAAUUUUAAAGGAUCAGACAAGACACAAACUAAAUGUGUGCAUAUCUUUAUAACUAGUAUUGAAUUAGUAUUGGAUUGUAUAUGCACUUCUUCUGUGUGAAAAAAUACACUAUAACUAAUGUAAAUAAGUUGAGGACAACUUUCAAAAUAAUGUAAAUAAAGUGAUGAAUGGUACAUGACUGCUAUAUGAAUGUUUUAUGCAGUUCUAAGUGCUCUGUGGGUUAAUAUUUUGGAUGAGUAUGAUCAUGAUUAUAUAUGCAGUAAUUAUUUGUUUGUUAAUUAUAAAUGUAUGUGUGCUAACAGAAUAGGACAAUGCAUAUACAUUGCAGUAAAUAAUUGUUUGUUUGUACAUGUCUGCUUAAAGAAUAAGAUGACUUGUUAUUGAAUUGUUAUGGUUUAAAUGUAGUAGUAUGAUUGUAUUUGUGAAAAUUUGCUGUUAGUUUUAUGAAAUGUGCUUUAGAUGUUAUGAAAAUAAAUAAAAUUUAACACUUAA